AAUAACCCACGACUUCAUUUAAUAAUAAAACUAUUAUGCUCCUAUAUAUGUGACAUGUGAAGAGAAAGGCCAUUGCCUGGCCCUCUUCUCCACUGAAGAGUUCACUUCCCUCUAAGCUGAGCCAAGUUAAGCUAAUCUUCUUUCAAAAAUUAUGGCCAGAAUUGCCUUUGGUCGCUUUGAUGAUUCUUUUAGUUUAGGCUCUUUUAAAGCCUAUCUUGCUGAAUUUAUCUCAACCUUGCUCUUUGUUUUUGCUGGUGUUGGUUCAGCCAUUGCUUACAAUAAACUGACAUAUGAUGCAGCUCUUGAUCCUGCUGGGCUAGUAGCUAUUGCUAUUUGCCAUGGAUUUGCUCUCUUUGUUGCAGUAGCCGUGGGAGCCAACAUCUCCGGUGGCCAUGUUAACCCUGCUGUUACCUUUGGUUUGGCUCUUGGUGGCCAAAUCACUAUCCUCACUGGCGUCUUUUACUGGAUCGCCCAGCUUCUUGGCUCCAUCGUUGCCUGCUUCCUUCUCAAAUUUGUCACAGGAGGCUUGGCAAUCCCCACCCACAGCGUAGCAGCUGGAGUUGGAGCCAUUGAAGGAGUGGUUAUGGAGAUAGUCAUCACAUUUGCUUUGGUAUACACGGUGUACGCAACUGCAGCUGACCCCAAGAAAGGUUCCCUUGGCAUCAUUGCGCCCAUUGCCAUUGGCUUUAUUGUUGGUGCCAAUAUCCUGGCUGCAGGCCCAUUCUCCGGUGGCUCAAUGAACCCAGCCCGGUCCUUUGGGCCAGCCGUCGCUAGCGGUGACUUCCACGACAACUGGGUCUACUGGGUCGGGCCGCUUAUUGGAGGUGGGGUAGCUGGUCUCAUCUAUGGAAACUUGUACAUCCCUAGCGACCAUGCGCCCUUGUCCAGUGAGUAUUGAAAGUUUGUGCUUCUAAUCCAUGACCUUGUAAUAAAAAGAAAGGGGGAGAUUAUGCUCCUCCCUCUUUUCUUUACUGUUCCAUUUUGUCUUUGUUGUUGUAAAGCCUUGUUGUGAUUAACUUUUGCUUUAUGAGAAACCAAUUAUGCAGACGAUGUGCAGCAACUUUUCUAUCA